AUGAACACUUUAAAGGAAAAAGUUUUUUUUUUUUAUCUGGGGCCCCUGGUUCAGUCUGCUUUGGACAAUCCUGACGGGUUCUCUGGGGAACUUCACUCUGCUCUGGAUGUGCAGAGUUGGAGGAUGUGCGUCCAAGACGCAGCGUGGCUCAGGAACCAGGUGGUGGCGCCAGUGAUGGAGGAGCUGGUGUUCAGAGGGGCCAUGCUGCCUAUGUUGGUGCCUUGCACUGGAGCCACAGCUGUUAUCUUCAUUGCUCCUCUGUUCUUUGGUGUUGCCCAUCUUCACCACAUCAUAGAGCAGCUUCAGCUGGGAAAGGACAAUGUGAGAGCCAUCUUUCUGGGGGCAGGGAUUCAGUUUUUGUACACAACUGUGUUUGGUGUCUUUGCUGCUUUUAUUUUCCUGAGAACUGGUCAUAUUGUGGGUCCAGUUUUGUGCCAUUCAUUCUGCAACAGCCAGGGUCUCCCUGACAUUGGUUCUGCUCUGAGCAGCCCUCAGCGUUCAGCCGUGCUGAUCUGCUAUCUGACUGGAGUCCUGCUGUUUCUGGUGAUGCUCUUCCCCUUCACAGACCCCUUCCUCUAUGGAGCCAGACCUGUAUGCAGCCUCGCCGCCUCUCAAGCGUUGGAAUGUUGAUUGAGAAAAUGUCAAAUACUCAAGAAAGUCAUGAAAAAUAAAAUCUUGAGACAGAUUUUAACUUUAGUAUUAUUUUUUUCAGUCAUGACUGGGACUUUUCUGAAGUGUGUGCAUGAUUUUUGCGGGUGGACAAGGCAGGGGAAAGAUCCCAGUGCUUCAGACAUUUCCUGCAUGGUUCAAAAAUAUUUCCUACUGUAUGAAACUUAACACCAGCACAAAACUCCCUGGCUACAACAAAGUAGCAGAAGUGUACAUGAGUGCAAGCAUAGAAAACCAGAUGAAAUAUGGUGGUGAAGAAGGAAAAAAAAGCAGGCAAUAGAGGACAUGAUCACAAAGAAAGACGCGGAGGCAGGCAAAACAUGCAGACAUCGCUGCCAAUAAAUACACCAACCGAACCCAAUUGGAGAGAGACAGCUAUUUAAAAUCAUGUUUUUAAAUCGGACAAGGCAAUGAAUGCCAGAGGAAGACUUAAACAGAGAAGAGUGGAAAAUAAGUGGCUUCAGCCAGGAGCAAUAAGAGCAACGCCAGCAGAUGAGGAGACACAAAAAGAAAAGGUGGAGUGAGGGAGCGCAGGGAUAAAAAUUGUUCUUCCCUGGGGAAAUUGAAAAUUUGGAGUAGCAGAGCAGAGGAAAAGGGAAAGGUCAUGCAGGGUAUGUUGAAAUGUCUGGGAGGUGAAAGGUUGUGUUGAAGCUCCAGAUUUAUGAGGUAGGUUUAUAAGUAAUAAAAACUUUGCGACGUAAAAUUGGGCAAACAUAAUAAAUUCACAUGUAUGUCUUUCCUGUUCUCCA